AUGAUGGCGGGCGCCUCAGGCUCAGUCGAAGAGGAGGGAGGACUGAGGGCGGAGGAGUCCCCGUCCGGCGGCGUCGACGUCUGGAGCGACGCCGUCUCCUCCCACGCCCCGGAACACCUCCUCGUCAUGGUCCACGGCAUCCUCGGCAGUACCAAUGACUGGCAAUACGCAGCCAACGAAUUUGUAAAGCAGCUUCCUGAUGAUGUAAUUGUGCAUUGCAGUGAGAAAAACAUGAACACAUUGACUCUAGACGGUGUCGAUGUUAUGGGAGAACGCUUAGCAGAUGAGGUUCUUGAUGUAAUUAGUCGAAAGCCAGAGCUCACCAAAAUUUCUUUUCUUGCACACUCCGUUGGAGGCUUAGUAGCAAGAUAUGCAAUUGCAAAACUUUAUAGACAUCCAAAUAGCACAUUUGACAGCAAAGCUGAAGGAACCAUAUGCGGGUUGGAAGCGGUGAACUUUAUAACCGUAGCAACGCCUCACCUUGGUUCUCGAGGAAACAAGCAGGUUCCACUCCUCUUUGGAUUCAUUACGAUUGAGAAGGUUGCUUCUCGUGUCAUCCAUUGGAUAUUUAGGAGAACUGGGAGACAUCUUUUUCUUACUGAUAGUGCUGAGGGAGAACCACCACUGUUGCAGCGUAUGGUUGAAGAUUAUGGCGAUCUUUACUUUAUAUCUGCUUUGCGAGCAUUUAAACGACGAGUGGCAUAUGCUAAUGCUGAUUGCGAUCACAUUGUUGGCUGGAGAACAUCAUCUAUUAGAAGAAACACCGAGCUGCCUAAGUGGGAGGAAUCUGUAUGUGAGAAGUAUCCUCACAUUGUACAUGAGGAAUACUCUGAAGAAAUCAGCGAUGAGAAGUGUCAAGAUUUGGCAGCAGAUUGCGAUUUUGACUUACUGGAAGAAAAAAUGGUGACAGGGCUGAGACGCGUUUCAUGGGAAAAGGUAGAUGUUAGCUUCCACACGAGCAUGCGGAGUUUCGCAGCGCACAGCAUUAUCCAGGUCAAGUAUGCGUUUAUGAACGAAGGAGCGGACGUCAUACAGCACAUUAUAGACCACUUCCAGCUCUGA